AUGAUCGAAGAACACUGUAUUGAAAGCAUACGUAAAACACAAGCCAAACAUUUACCCGGAAAAAUCCACCCGAAACCCGACGGCACCGAUACCCCGCGCUUUCUCGAGCACAACAAAAUACUCACCAAAUGCUGGGCAUUUUAUCGCCGGACUAAAGUGAAUUUGCUGCUCGUCGUGUUUCCCACUCUCACUAUUGCAGGCUCGGCGUCCCGCCGGGUCUUCCUCUAUCACUAUUGCCGGCUAGGUGUCCCGCCGGGUUUCCCUCUCUCUAUUUCGCAACUAAUUAUGCGAAAUCCAAAACCAGCAAAC